AAUCUGCACACCAGUGCACUCCAGACAAAUUUUCCGAAGCAGAAGCUUUGUAGCCCAAACCUGUAGAAGUCUACCACGUGACUGAUAUAACAAGAACUGUACAGUACAUGCACGCGACAGGACACCCAGGAGUGGAGCCGACAGCCAGGAGUUAUACUGACUUGCUAUCACCAACAAAAUGUCAACAACCAGAAGUCAACCUCAAGAGGCAGAUGAGACUCACCCUCAACCUCAAUCUGAACCCCAGCCUCAAGCUCAGGCUCAACCUCAGCCUCAAACCCAGCCUCAAUUCGAGUUUCAACCUGAACCUCAACCGCAACCGCAGCCUCAACCCCAACCGGAAACCCAGCCUCAACCCCAGGCUCAACACGAACCUCAACUUCAUUCUCAAACCAAGCCUCAACACGAGCCUCAGAUUCAACCUGAACUUCAGCGUCAAGAGAAGCAUAAAUCUCAGCCUCAGCCCCAACCUCAACCCAAGCCUCAGUCUCUAACUGAAGCAAAAAGCCAGGUCAUUGAAGCAUGUGGUGUCUUGUUAUCCGAACUAAGAAUUCGCAGCAUGAUAGGGUCUUAUAUGAUGUACGAACAGUCAGACAAGUACGCUAACUUGUCGUUCUGGGCGCUCGUUGUAGCUAGCCUACUUAUGGGCGUAGCUACAGCGAAUCUAUCCCAGUACAUCCCCGUGGGAGACGGACUGCUCCCUGCAAUAUCUAAGAUCAUCAUCGGAGUAAUCACUGUAGCGACCUGCACCUUCAAAGUUGGUAGCAUGUUUCUUCUUGAAAAGUUUGAGAAGAAGCAAGAGCUCGCCAACAAGACAGGCGCCGGAUGGCAGGAACUAGAGCUGGACAUCCGUCUGUUUCUUGACUCUGCUGACGACACAGUCACCAACGAGAUGUACAAACAAUUCACAAGGGAUUGUAUACGACAACGGAGGGAGAUAUGCUGUCUGGCAAAACCAGAGAAGGCCAUAUACAGAAAGUACAACGAAGAAUCCGGUCACAUUUUGAGGCCAUAUAUGAAAAAGAAAUCCGUAGUGGCACAAAUUCGAGAAGAACUUGUCAAGGAGAAAUCCUCUCGAGAAGCACCUGGAGAUGACUGAUUUAUCUUUCUAACCUGACACGUAUUUGCUUUAAAUGCUUCCCCACUGCUUUACGAAACUACUUUACGCUUUAAAGGCAACUGAUGAACCUACACGCCUGUAAUACAAGAGUAAAUCUUAAUAAUUACGACUUAUCUGUGACGGCAUAUUGUAUUUCCUUAAUGUAAUGUGUACCAGACAUACGAAUGGUUGAUAUAAUGAGUACUUCCUGAAGACCCUAUCCAAUUGCAAAUUUCUCGCCUCCUACGUCAAGCAGUAGUUUGAUGUGGUCUAAUUCUAACCCGGAAUAUUAUGAAUUGGAGUCAAAAUAAAGUGAACACAGGAAAUGGUAAAAGCGGAACCAAUAUGAAGAUAAUGUAACUGUAAAUUCUUAGCUAUUUGAAAGUUCGUGUAACUAUACACAGUCGAGAAAUAGUUAUUCUUGUCAUAGGAUAAAGAAAGAAAGACACUUCAUGAUAAGUACCGGUUUUAUCUUAAUACUUUGUUGACGUUCUCCUGAUAGUGUCUGUUUACAGUCCCGUUAUAACGUUUUUCACGAAAGAGCCGGAUUACCAUGCAGAUUCACCUACACGCAUAUUGAAGACAAUAGCCAAUUUUUGUUUGCUUUCUUUUUCUGGAUUUUCUGUCCCUCUAGAAUGAAUGGUGUAUGUCCUUCAACAAAGGCUCGGAGUCUCACCAUUUAUUCUCUCGAGACAGGUGAUCGGUAAAUCCACGUACUUGGAUAGUUAAUUACUUUUUCCACAUGUCAUAUUGGUACACGAAGGUUACUAUAUAACGAAGUAGGUCUUCAUCAAAGCUAUUUCACAAAUCAAACCAUUUUCUUUAUUUAUGUUUUUGCUGCCU